UUCUUUGUUUUUCUUUGAAAUUUUGAAUUUUCAACGAACGAACCUCAAAACGUGAUAAGUAAUACCGCUUUUUGAUAAUUUAAGUGCAAUUUUUGAUGAAAAACGUUUGAUUUCCUCAAAAUUUAGUCACCGAGGGUAUCAAAAUUCACAACUCAGAACUAUAAUCCGCGAAUGAACGUCUAGAAUUAUGUUCUUGACGUAAAAUUCAGACAACCAUCAUUCGUACAAUUCGUACAAUUUACCAAUAUCUAGUUUCCUUCAAGUCAACUGUUGAUUUGAAAAUAGAUUUUCCAUGGCCGGAAAUAGCGAUAUUGAGAUGCAGGUAUCCUCCGAAGGGAAUAUCGAUAAAUGCCGACAGCUGGCAAAGAAGCAUUUUGAUCUCGAUCUGUACAGCACGGCGUUAUUUUGGGCAGACAAAGUGUCCUCUUUGAGUAAUAACGAACCUCGAGACGUAUAUUUUCAAGCAAGAUGUGUCUAUGCGAUGAAGCAGUAUCGCAGAGCUAUUUUAUUGGUACAGAAUAUGGGUUUGGAUAAGACUGAUAUUUAUUGCCGAUACAUUGUGAUAAAAUGUUUAAUCGAAGUGAAAGAAUACUCCGAAGCUCUAAGUAUGUUGAUGAAUGAAGACGUCGCUGAUAAAAAACACUCUACAACUUCUCGUACGUUUAACAACUUGGAUCAAGACUCGUUACAUAACCUUUUCAAUGUACCGGAAGAAGAAUGUGGAAGUUUACGAAGCGCUUUGUUAACGUUGAAAGGUCAAGUUUACGAAGCACUGGAUAAUCGAAAUUUAGCUACUGAUUGUUAUAAAGAAGCUCUGCGUAAUAAUAUCAACUGUUUCGAGGCUCUGAAUGCAUUGCUGCAACAUGGUUUAUUGACUAGUUUAGAAGCUCAAAAUUUAUUAGAAUCAUUCACGUCUCAAGAAAACAACGACAGCGUCGAAGAUGUAAUUACCAAACCGCUUUAUCAAACUUUACUGAAAUCUUAUAUCGGCGAUAGUCUGUUACCUCCGGAUGUUUCAAUUACGUUAGUACCAGCUCUUGAAACAAAUCCUGAUGUACUUGCUUCAGAAGCGGAAAGAUUAUAUUAUAAUUGUUCUUAUAAAGAAUGCAUCGAAUUGACUGAAAUGGUAUUGAAAAAAGACAGAUAUCAUACGGGUUGUUUAAUGACUCAUAUCGCCUGUUCGGUUGAACUUGGAUACAGUAAUAAAUUAUUCUACUUGGCUCACGAAUUAGUUGAUGUACAUCCCGAAGCAGCGAUAUCGUGGCUGGCUGUAGGAUGCUAUUAUUAUUUAAUAGGGAAACACGAUUCGGCUAGAAGGUAUUUGAGCAAAGCGACAUUGGUUGAUAACAUGUUCGGUGCAGCUUGGUUAGCAUAUGGGCACUCAUUUGCCGCAGAUAAUGAACACGAUCAAGCGAUGGCUGCGUAUUUUAAGGCUUCGCAACUCAUGAAAGGAUGUUAUUUACCAUUAUUGUAUAUUGGAUUAGAAUGCGGAUUAACGAGUAAUACAGUAUUAGCAAAUAGGUAUUUCCAAGAAGCGAGGCUUCUAGCUCCUAAAGAUCCAUUUGUGAUGCAUGAAAUGGGUGUCAUAGCGUAUCAAAAUCAUAGAUUCGAUAAAGCUGAACAUUACUUUUUGGAGACAUUGAACCGCUUGAAAGAAAUAAAAGAACCUUUACUAGCGAAUAAAUGGGAACCUUUGUUCAAUAAUUUAGGACACGUUUCGAGAAAAUUAAAAAAACACGAUAAAGCUCUAGAAUACCACCAACAAGCUUUAUUAUUUUCCCCGUUGAACGCAUCUACGUUAACUUCAAUCGGUUUAGUUCAUUCGUUAUGUGGCAAUAUCAGCGAAGCUGUUGAAGCAUUGCAUAAAUCAUUAGGACUUCGCAGAAACGAUUCGUUCACGACCACUUUACUUAAUUACGUAAUUGAGCAGUUGGUUGAUCACGAGGAACCGUUUGAAGGAUCUGAGUUAGUGGAGAGUAUUAAAAUAACGAGCGAAGAACAUAAACCCAAGUUUAAGAAGACUGCUUGGACUCAGAAUCCGGAGAGUUCUGUUGUAUCGUUCGAAGAAAAUGAUCCGAUGAAUAAUGAUAACGAUCAGAAUUACUCCGCUCUUAGUAUAGAUACCGAUAUGUAAAUUGAUCAUUUUUUCUCACAGAUUUUACUUCGCAACAUAAGAAAAAUGAUCCCGAAGAGCUCCGUAUCAUCGUAUAGGUCUCGUAACAUUCGUCCUGAAUCGAGAUUAUCGCAUAAGUACUUUGAAAUAAUGCGCAAGAUUUACUGGUGAAGAAUCUACUCAAUUAAUCGUUGAAUAUUCAACUGCGAAACACCCUUCCCCCUCCACUCAGUGACUAAUUUUUGCCACCCUCGUUGAGAAAACGUGAUCGAAUAGAACAGUGUACAAUCUUGUGUCGCUUUUGAUGGGAAUACAAUGUGUACUAGUCAAAAUGUAGUGCGACAGUUACGAAUGAAGUCAAGUACAUAGUUCAAUUUUUGGUUUUUUUGGUUGUCAGUCACAGAUGGAAUUGGAAUUUUCUCUGAUGGAUUCAAAGUCCUCACUCAUUGUAAUUCAUUAGGUUGCUUUAUUGAAUCGAAGCUAUGAGCUACGUAUUAUGGUGAAAUGGGACAUGGUUUGUCAUCGUCCUCAUUCCUCAUUCUGAACAAAAUUUUGUAUUAGACUAUUUUUAUUGUCGAUUUUGUAUUGGUAUUUUGAUGGAAAACGUUCGUUUUCAUCUGAUAAUGUUUCCUUUUCAAAAUAUAAUUAUUCGUUUGUUACAUA